CUGCGAAGCCAUGUCGGCAGACUGCGGCUCUCAUCAGCUUGUGGCCAGGGUAAUUUAGCCUGGCCAGUAUAUAGCACAGUAUGGGCGGCAGCCAAUCACACUUUGUCACCGAUCCUAUACGAAUGGGAUUACAUCGUUGUUGGAGUGGGACCAGGGGAGACACAUAAAGCUGACUGGGGACUGCUGGCUGCGUUCUAAAUGAAAAGUUUUGAGUUCUACCCUCGUCUGACGCCUUUUCAUGGAGUGGACUCAGUCGAUUAUCUCAAUCAUUCCACGCUUGUGUGCUGCUGUAUCUUCAAGACGCCCUUUCGGCACACAGGUAUAGAUUUUAAUAAAUUAAUAUGGAGCAAUCACGCGGAUUGUGUCACUUUUCUUAAGACCUCUCAUCCCGGGAGCUGUGGAAGUCCAACCUAUCGAAUCUCUGAUGCUCCAGUACCAGAUGCAACGUCAGGGCCAGGCGCGCCCGAUAUUGAACUUGUCAGCUUUCCUGCGACAUAUUCCCAUGUUAGGUUGAGCCAGGUGCAAAGUCAUUUAUGUAGUAUAGUGAGCGAUCACAAUACUAACGGACAUAUGCUGACGAUUCGAAAGCCACUUAUUCAUCUUAGGCCUGAGAGUCAAGGUUCUGUCACCGUCCAAUCCGGGUCAACCUUGGUACCUUAUCUAACCGUUACGAUCCAGUUAUCUGGUGUCGAAAGUUGAUUCUCAGGCUUUGUGUGGGGCGUCCGCGUCGUGUUGAAGGUGUCACGCACCAAACCACUUUCGGACCACCUUGUUUUUGUUGACCCUAAGGAGAGACCAAACAAUGACAUGAUGAACAUGUACUGGCUUGCUGAUCAUUGCAAGAUU